AGAUUAAAUAGCGCUUGAAUUCCCAAUUCUGCAACGAGAGAGACGAAAAUGGAGGAUUCAAUCGCGACCUUCAGCAAAACCCCUGGCGUAUUCUGCAACCUCCUUCAAACUAGCUGCGACGCCCUCAAGCAAUCCAUGGAUCGCCGUCCAAUCCCCCUCGAUUCUGCAUCUUCCACCUUCGUACAGUGCCUCAACCGCCGGGUGGAAACCGCCACGGACGAUCUCAGCUUCCUUGACUCCGUCUCUCUAGGAUUUGUGGAAUUUUCAAAAUGGGUUCGAGUCACAAUGGAAAAGGUUAGGGCCUUAAUCCAACUGUUGCCACUCUUGGGAGGGCUACAAAUGAAGAUAUCACUUGGUUCAGCCUGGAAGAGUUCUUGAGCCAGAACGAGACCUUCUAAGAACGCAUUGGAGACCCAAAAAUAGAAGUAAAAGGGCAGGGUAGGUCCCCAGCCAUUUUCUAUAGGAAGUCUUUGAAAUCGUGUUUUGCAUUCUCUCCGUUGUUGCUGGUGAGAUGGCUUGCUCCUCCGUUUUGGAGGCACUGCUAAUAACUUGCUUCUGUGUCA